AUGGACAUGGAAGACAUUAUUCUUCCUUUGAAGCCAUAUCAAGCCAAAUUGGAGCCCAUGGCACGACACGCUGGUAGAGUAGAGGUGUUGCAAAACAAUGAAGUCUGUACAGUGCAUACCAAGGGUCAGCGUACUGUGAUACGUCGGGACUCGAUUGCGCCGAGAUUCGGUGACGAUACACCGAAGUUGAGAGAAAUCGUGGCCGGCAGCAGCGCUCCCUCGGGCAUCGUCAUUUAUUUGCGCUUAGGGGAGGAGUCCACGCUCAAGAUCAACUCCUUAUCACCGUCAGUGUUGCAGGCCAUACAUUCUGAGUCUCAGAUUUUGCGGGAUCUCAAUCAUCCAAACAUCUUCCUGUACCAAAUUCUCUACGAUCAUCCGCAACUCAUCGUCGUGAGGGAACGGUUUUGUGGGAAGUCAUUGCAAGAAGAUUCGCCAAAAACGCUCUACGAGGCCACACAGAUUCUCGUGCAGCUGUGCUCUGCACUCGACUACCUCCAUGACCGUGAGCGUCCCAUAGCCCACAGAGACAUCAGGCCUGACAACGUCAUCAUCACGUACGAUGGACAUAACAAUUUGAAAAGCGUCAAACUCGUUGGCUUUGCAAUGGCCACCGAGCGGUUCGAUCCCUUUUGCGGUAUACUGGAAUGGGCAGCUCCUGAGAUCCUGUUACGAAAUGCGUACGACCAGAGGGUGGAUGUCUGGGGUGUGGGUAGAACCGUCUCCUGGACGAUAUGCGGAUCUCCUGACGAUGAGCCAAGGUACAAGGCCAAUCCACAGACUUGGUGCGCCGAAGUGAUCCAGCAUGUGGCGAUUUCCAACACAGAUAUCGAAAGUCCCACCCUCAAUUUCUUACUGGAGAACAUGAUUAUCAUACGUCCAGAGAAGCGAACUUCAGCAAAGGUUUGCUUGGAAAAGGCUGCACAGUUGCUACUACUCACAGACAACGACCUCGUGCUCGUAUCAUCCGCCAAAAACAAGGACUCUGAAGGCAGUCACGUCGUAUAG